AUGUUGAUUGCUGUGACUGUUGAUGCAAAUAGGCAAAUAUUUCCACUUGCUCUUGCAAUUGUUAACAAGGAAACAAAAGAAGCAUGGUCAUGGUUUUUGUCGUGCCUUAGAAUUCAUAUGGUAGUUGGUCGUAGAGGUGUUACAUACAUAUCUGAUCGUGCUCCUACAAUACUUAGAAGUUUUAAUGAUUUGGUUGAGUUACAUCAGCCGAAUGCAUAUCAUCGCUUUUGUCUUAGGCAUGUGAAGAGUAACUUUCUGUCUAACUUUCCUAACAAGCAACUUGAGGGAUUAAUGUGGCAGGCUGCUAUUCAACACCAAGAAUGCAAAUUCAAAGCUGUCAUGCAAUGUUUGAAAGAUGCUGAGCCAGGUGCGUACAAUUUCUUAAUGAAAAUUCUAUUAGAGAAAUGGACAGUUCAUCGUGAUGGCGAUAAAAGAUGGGGCAUUUUAACAACCAGUCUUUCUGAAUCUUUCAAUGGAUUCUUAAAGAAAUCUCGAGGUCUCCCAAUUACUACAAUAAUUAAGCUUACAUAUGGUCAAAUUUUGAAAAGAUUUGUAUCCAGGAAGCAGUAUGCACAAGAGCUCAUUAAUGAAAAAGAACUAUGGCCACCUGUGGUUGUAAAGAAAAUUUUGAAGUAUGAAUUGAAGUCUAAAAAUCAUCAGGUAACAACUUAUAAUGGAGAAACAGGGGUAUUCGAGGUUGAAACAUAUCUUCGUCAAGGUCAUGAUGGCAGAAAACAUAUCAUUAAAUUUAGUAGGAAUACGUGUGAAUGUCAAAAGUGGCAAGCAUAUCACAUGCCAUGUUCACAUGUGUUGAAGGUUACUGAGCAGAUAAAUAAGGUUGCACAUGAUUUGGUCAGUGAAUAUUAUAGUAUGGUAAAGUAUUUUGAGACAUAUCGUGUGCCGUUUCAACCUCUUGGAGAUGAAUCAAAUUGGCCGAAAGCACCCUUUAAAAUGAUUUGCAAUGAGACAUUUAUCCGAAAGAAAGGAUCUAGAAAAACUACACGUGCUCCAAAUGAGAUGGACAUUGGACGUACAAGAUACUCAAAAUCUUGA